AUGGAAAAAAUUGCUGAUAAUGGAGACGAUUUGGCAAAGAAAAUCGAUCUGGCCAAUUCGGUGAUUGCUGUUUUUUCUUUUUUACCACCCUUUUUGGAUAUAAUUGGGUAUAAAAAAACUUCUGAAGUAUUAAGCAAAGGAAUAUCGAUUGCAUCCAUUACUCUUGGUGCUACAAGUGGUGUUGUAAAAACAGCUACUGUAAUUGCAAAAGCCUAUGUCAAAGAACAAGGCGAAUUUAAAGACAAAAUCACCGAAUCUUUAAAAGAAGGACUGAAAGAGGGGAUUAAACAAACUUUCAAAGUAUCUUCCAUAAUAUUGGCAAACAAAUUAGAGAAUUUUAUUAGUGAAACAAUCGACAGAUUUAAUGUUAAAAAUGCACCUCAAGUUUGUGAAAAGUUUGGUGUUUGGCUUGAAACGUACGCCAAAGAAAAUCCCGAUAAAUAUACUCACAAUUUAAUAGCAUUCAUUGCUCCAAAGGUUAAAAAAAAUGUUGCUCAUUGUAUUCAAACUGUCAUUGAUGACUAUGGUGAAAAUAUACAAAAACAAAUUUGUGAUUUUAUCGCUUACAAGAUAAUUAAGUAUAUAGAUGCUGGUUUGGAAUAUUGUUUGGAGGCUUCAGAAAAUGUAAAAGAAUACGAAAGUAGUAAGAAUGAUUAA